UGGAGAUGGUUCGGGAAGAUGCCCGAAGGACAGUCACGUUGGAAAAUGGGAUGCAAAGAAAAGCACCCAGUAUCUUGUCAGUGCUCAGACAAAACAAGAGUGAUUCUGCCUAUAAAGACAUGCAGACCACCCGCAAAUCAAGUGACCGAUCCAGCAGUUCAAGUGGGGAAAGCCACACCCAAGUCAUCCAGAAGAAGUCUAAAAGCCGCACCAACCGUGACAUCAUCCACUGCAAGACUGGUGUGUGCAGCUCCAUGAGGGCCAAGUUUUACAGCGUGGCCCAGGAGGCCGGCUUCUGUCUUCAAGACAAGAUGGAAAUCCUCAUGAAGCGCCAAGAAGAGAGAGGUCUCCAGAAGUUCCAUUCUUUUGUCAUUGUCUCGAAUUUUAAGAAGGAUAUAGCAAAAAUGAGGCAUCAAGUCUCCAUGGUAAAAGGAGAUGCAGAAGAAAUUGCAGACCACUGGUACUUUGAUCUGCUAUCCAAACUCCCUGAGGAUCUGAAGAAUUUCCACCCCGCCAAAAAGAUCCUGGCAAAACUGCAGAAGUUUGGGGAAAACCUGGACCUCAGGAUCCGGCCCCAUGUCCUCCUGAAGGUGCUACAGGACCUGAGGAUCUGGGAGCUGUGCUCUCCGGACAUUGCUGUGGCUAUCGAGUUUGUCCGUGAACACAUCAUCCAUAUGUCUCAAGAGGAUUAUAUCACCUGGCUGCAGAACCGGAUCAAUAUCCCCAUCCGAUCCCAAAGUCUCCGGGCAUAGCCUGGCCCUGGGUCAACCAGCUGUCCCAGUGGAGGAGGGCUAAACUACUGUAUUCCUGCUUCCUAUCUGUGUUCCUACUUCCUGCCUAUCCACUAGGAUAUAGGAGGGUCUGACUUCUGGCAACAUUCUAGAGGAAGAUACUCCCAGGUGGAAACUCCCCUCAACCUCAUACCCCAGCCUCAAACUCCCAGUCUCUGUUCCUCAUUGGUCCAGCCUGACUCUACCCACUCCCUCUCCA